UUUCCUUUGAGGGUUUUGAUGGGUAUUUGUUUUUAGUUUGAAUUUUAUGUUUCUUGGUCGGAAAAGUUGGUAAUAUAGAAAAACUGAGACAUGGGUUCUUGUUGGUUUUCAUUUUGUGAUGCAAAGUUUGGAACUUUAGUGGCUCCAAAUUGAGUGUUAUUGAAAACAAUGUAUUUUAUCAGGGAAGGAGAGUACAGUGAGUGCUAUACGUGAUGUGGAUAGUGAAAGUCUAGCUGACAUGUCAAAUGAGGCAGUGGAUAAGCUUGUAAGACGUGUGAAGGGGCGGGGAUCAUCUGGGAAGAAGAAACAAGAUAAUCGGCUGCAAUGUGAUUCUGCUGCCACUGGUGAGAAUGGGCUAAAAAGUAAUGGAAAACAAGUUGUAGAUGCAAGAGUUACUUGGAAUGACUUGGAUGCUCGGGGUCUUGCUCAAGAUCCUGCCGCAAAUGACACUAGAGAAGUUGAAGGGGGAGGUUUUCAGACUACUUUUCAGGAGAGUGAUCAAGAGAUGGAUGACAUAGAUUGGGAAGAUGGUUCGUCUUCCAUACUGGGUCAUGUAAAAAAUCAUCCAGGUGAUGGCAUUAGGGAGGUUACUAUUGAAUUCAGUGAGUCGCCUGACUCUGCUAAACGGAAGCCCAUUCGUCGAGCUACUGCUGAAGAAAAGGGAUUGGCUGAGCUUGUGCAUAAGGUUCACCUGCUUUGUUUACUUGCAAGGGGCAGAAUAAUUGAUCAUGCUUGUGAUGAUCCUCUCAUUCAGGCCUCUUUACUUUCUAUUCUACCGGCGCAUUUGUCGAAUACAUUAGGGGACCCUAAACUUCAUGCUAAGGCUUUAUCUCCUCUUGCCCAUUGGUUUCAUAAUAACUUUCAUGUUGCAAGUUCAGUCAGUGAAAAGAGAUCAUUUCAUUCUGCUUUGUCAUGUGCUCUUGAAACUCGUGAAGGGACUCUAGAGGAGCUUGCAGCGUUAUCUGUGGCACUAUUUAGAGCUUUGAAGCUCACAACCCGAUUUGUAUCCAUCCUUGAUGUUGCUUCCAUAAAACCUGAUGCUGACAAAUACGAGUCCUUGAGUCAAGGUACAAGUAAAAUGCAUAGGGGAAUAUUCAACACUUCAACACUGAUGGUGGAUAGACCGAAAGAGGUUUUCAUACCUCCUAAAUCUCUCUCAUGUAAUGAGAAAAAAAAUGUUGCCGAAACCUCAUCAAAGACUUCAUGCAAAAGUAAAGAUAACUGUUCAAGGAGCAAGAAAAUUCAAUCUAAUGAUUCUCCUCCUGCUGUUGAACUAAAAGAUAAGAUGGUAGAUACAUUUCCAUGUGAGGCACAAAAUAACACUUCUGAGGAAUGUGUUACCAAGAAAUCUCAGGGUUCAAAGAGGAAAGGUGAUCUUGAGUUUGAGAUGCAGUUGCAAAUGGCCAUGUCUGCAACAGCAGUUGCAACUCAAAGUAACAAAGAAUUGGAUGUAAAAGAAUCAAGUAAUUCAUCUGAUGUCUCUUCUCCAUUUAAAAGAAUCAGAAAAAUUGCAAAUGAAGAAUCUUCCUCUCAGGGAAUCUCGACUGCUCUUGGAUCCAGAAAAAUAGGAUCUCCUCUUUAUUGGGCAGAAGUAUACUGCAGUGGAGAAAAUCUGACAGGAAAGUGGGUGCAUGUGGAUGCUGUACAUGAUAUUGUAGAUGGAGAGCAGAAGGUGGAAGCUGCAGCUGAUGCUUGCAAAACAUCUCUGAGAUAUGUAGUUGCUUUUGCUGGGCUUGGGGCUAAAGAUGUGACUCGCAGGUACUGUAUGAAGUGGUACAAGAUAGCAUCACAAAGAGUUAACUCGCUUUGGUGGGAUGCAGUAUUGGCCCCACUGAGAGAGUUAGAGUCAGGAGCAACUGGAGGUAUGGCACAUUUGGAAAAGCCCCAUGCUGAUGCCUCAAAUGAACAUGAAAAUGUAAUAGCAUCAGGAUUGUCUGAUCUUCCAAUGCCGAAUGAACUUCCAAGCAAUGUUGACUUGCCCAAAGAAUCUGGGAGGAAGAAUGAUGUAGAAUCUUCUGGCAGGAAUUCUUUUGCUGCUACUAGAAACACUAUUGAGGAUAUGGAAUUGCAAACUAGGGCACUAACUGAGCCUCUUCCCACUAAUCAGCAGGCAUACAAAAAUCAUUUGCUAUAUGCAAUUGAAAAAUGGCUUACAAAGUGUCAAAUACUUCAUCCUAAGGGUCCUAUUCUGGGAUUUUGUUCUGGACACCCUGUUUAUCCUCGUGCUUGUGUACAGACACUCAGAACAAAAGAGAGAUGGCUGCGUGAAGGGCUGCAAGUUAAAGUAAAGGAACUUCCAGCUAAGGUAGUGAAACAAUCUGGAAAGCUUAAGAAAGUGCAAUUUUCCGAAGAUGAUGAUUAUGGUGAGACUGAUUCCGGAGUUGUUGAACUUUAUGGAAUGUGGCAGCUAGAACCCUUGCAACUUCCCCAUGCUGUAAAUGGGAUUGUUCCAAAGAAUGAACGAGGUCAAGUUGAUGUGUGGUCUGAGAAAUGCCUGCCACCAGGGACUGUGCACUUAAGAUUGCCAAGGGUAUUUUAUGUUGCCAAGAGACUGGAAAUUGACUAUGCACCUGCCAUGGUUGGGUUUGAAUUUAGAAAUGGUAGAUCUGUUCCAGUCUUUGAUGGAAUUGUUGUGUGCAAUGAGUUCAAGGAUGCAAUAUUAGAGGCAUAUGCUGAAGAAGAAGAGAGAAGAGAUGCUGAAGAGAAGAAAAGAAAUGAAGCGCAAGCUAUUUCUAGGUGGUAUCAACUUCUUUCAUCAAUCAUAACCAGACAAAGGCUGAACAACUCGUACGGGAAUGGUUUGUUGCCUCAAAUGCCAAGCAAUGUCCAAAAUACAAAUAACCAGCCGGAUGUGCAUGUUGGUAGUACACAACCUCCAGGACACCAAAAAGAUGCGAAGGAUCGUAAGUUAAAUGCUCCAUCAAUGACUCUAACAGAUGACCAUGAGCAUGUGUUUUUGGUAGAGGAUCAGAGUUUUGAUGAGGAGACCUCAACAAGGACAAAGCGGUGUCAUUGUGGAUUUUCGGUCCAAGUAGAGGAAUUGUAGUUGCAUCGUUGAUGCAGGACCUGUGCUUGGAAUGAAGUAUGAUGAUUAUUGAAGAAGCUAGACUCCGGAAUUAAUAUUUAAAUUUUGUCAGGAAGUGAAGCCCCUUGGAUUAGAUUGGAGAGGACACAAUGCAUGGUAAUGCUUGUUCUUCACUGUUUCCCCUCCCCUACAAGUAGUUGUUGCUGUGUUGUAUGUACAUAAAGCAGCUCCUGUACAGUUUGGCUCAGAGAAAAUGUAACAGCUUUAUCCCUCUUCUUCUUGUGUUGAGAAUACAAGCUAUUAUAAUUUUCUUUUUGGUAACAGAGGAACAAUAUCCCUCCUUUGCAAUA